GUGUUAUUUCUCUUCUUCGAAUUCUUCACCACUCUCAGAUUUCUUCUCCAUAUCGGAGCAUCCAAUCUCCGUCAUCUCGAGAUGAGCAAUCAGCCGGAGUCAUCUUCAUCCGAGCCGAAAGGCCCGCCUGCGGCGAAGAAGGACUUUUCAACUGCUAUCUUGGAGCGCAAGAAGUCUCCGAAUCGGCUUGUCGUUGACGAAGCCGUCAAUGAUGAUAACUCUGUCGUCGCUAUGCACCCUAAUACAAUGGAAAAGUUGCAGCUUUUCCGCGGCGAUACCAUACUGAUCAAGGGGAAGAAAAGGAAAGAUACGGUCUGCAUUGCCCUUGCUGAUGAAACUUGUGAUGAGCCAAAGAUCAGGAUGAACAAGGUUAUUCGAACAAACCUGAGGGUUCGGCUUGGAGAUGUUGUAUCUGUGCACCAGUGCCCAGAUGUGAAGUAUGGGAAGCGUAUCCAUGUUCUUCCACUCGAUGACACUAUUGAAGGUGUCACUGGGGAUUUGUUUGACGCGUACCUGAAACCCUACUUCUUGGAGGCAUAUAGACCAGUGAGGAAGGGGGAUCAUUUUCUUGUUAGAGGAGGGAUGAGAAGUGUAGAGUUCAAGGUAAUUGAGACCGACCCAGGGGAGUACUGUGUUGUUGCUCCUGACACUGAAAUCUUUUGUGAGGGUGAGCCGAUCAAGAGAGAUGAUGAAGAUAGGUUGGAUGAGAUUGGUUAUGAUGAUGUAGGUGGUGUUAGAAAACAGAUGGCUCAGAUUCGUGAAUUGGUUGAAUUGCCAUUAAGGCACCCUCAGCUUUUUAAAUCCAUUGGAGUGAAACCCCCGAAAGGUAUUUUACUUUAUGGACCCCCUGGUUCCGGAAAGACACUCAUAGCCAGAGCUGUGGCCAAUGAAACAGGAGCUUUCUUUUUCUGCAUUAAUGGACCAGAAAUCAUGUCGAAAUUGGCUGGAGAGAGUGAGAGCAAUCUCAGGAAGGCAUUCGAGGAGGCCGAAAAGAAUGCCCCUUCAAUUAUUUUUAUUGAUGAGAUAGAUUCAAUUGCUCCCAAGCGAGAGAAGACCAAUGGUGAAGUCGAAAGGAGGAUUGUGUCACAGCUAUUGACACUCAUGGAUGGAUUAAAAUCUCGUGCCCAUGUUAUUGUAAUGGGGGCUACAAAUCGCCCAAACAGCAUUGAUCCUGCUCUGAGAAGGUUUGGCAGGUUUGAUAGGGAAAUAGACAUUGGCGUCCCUGAUGAAGUUGGGCGUCUUGAGGUUAUUCGUAUCCACACCAAGAAUAUGAAACUUUCUGAUGAUGUUGAUUUGGAAAGAAUAGCUAAAGAAACACAUGGUUAUGUUGGUGCCGAUCUCGCUGCUCUUUGCACUGAAGCUGCACUUCAAUGCAUUAGAGAAAAAAUGGAUGUCAUUGACUUGGAAGAUGAAUCUAUUGAUGCUGAGAUACUGAAUUCCAUGGCAGUCUCAAAUGAACAUUUCCAGACUGCUCUUGGAACAAGCAACCCAUCUGCUUUGCGUGAGACUGUUGUGGAGGUUCCUAAUGUCAGCUGGGAGGAUAUUGGAGGUCUUGAGAAUGUCAAGCGUGAGCUUCAAGAGACUGUUCAAUAUCCUGUGGAGCAUCCGGAGAAAUUUGAGAAAUUUGGCAUGUCUCCCUCAAAAGGAGUUCUUUUCUAUGGUCCUCCUGGAUGUGGGAAGACACUUCUAGCUAAGGCUAUUGCAAAUGAGUGUCAAGCCAACUUCAUUAGCAUCAAAGGACCUGAAUUGCUUACAAUGUGGUUUGGUGAGAGUGAAGCCAAUGUUCGUGAAAUUUUUGACAAGGCCAGGGGAUCUGCACCAUGUGUCCUCUUCUUUGAUGAACUUGAUUCCAUUGCAACUCAGAGGGGAAGCAGUUCUGGGGAUGCAGGUGGUGCUGCUGAUCGGGUUCUGAAUCAAUUAUUGACUGAAAUGGACGGAAUGUCUGCCAAAAAGACUGUUUUCAUUAUUGGAGCCACCAAUAGACCUGACAUCAUUGACCCUGCAUUACUACGUCCAGGGCGUCUUGAUCAACUAAUCUAUAUCCCUCUGCCAGAUGAGGACUCUCGGCACCAGAUUUUCAAGGCUGCAAUGAGGAAAUCCCCUGUUUCCAAAGAUGUUGAUUUGAGAGCUCUGGCCAAAUAUACACAAGGAUUUAGUGGGGCUGAUAUCACAGAGAUAUGCCAGCGUGCCUGCAAGUACGCAAUAAGAGAGAACAUUGAGAAAGACAUAGAGAAGGAAAGAAAGAGAAGUGAGAAUCCCGACUGUAUGGAUGAGGACGAGGAUGAGGUGGCGGAGAUCAAGGCUGCUCACUUUGAGGAAUCCAUGAAGUAUGCCCGUAGAAGUGUGAGUGAUGCCGAUAUUCGCAAAUACCAAGCAUUUGCUCAGACAUUGCAGCAGUCUCGUGGAUUUGGGUCUGAAUUCCGUUUCCCAGAAGCUGCAUCCGGGGGUGCUGCCGCUGCUUCUGACCCGUUUGCCGCCUCUGCUGGUGGAGCAGACGAUGAUGACUUAUACAGCUAGAUUUUUCAUAAAUCUUGUUACAAGACAAGAGACCGAUGAUCAUGUCAAGAAUGUGCGAUUAUAUCGUAUUUCAGUUGUUUAUUCAGUGCUCUCUUUUAAAACAUUUUGUUGACACUUAUGUUGUCGAAACUUGUGCUACACUUCACAAUUGAAACUUGGGGGUUCGGCAUGGUUCAUCACUACUUUUCCCUUUUUCAAGUUAUAUUAUAUCAUCAGUACUUUCUCUA